GACAAAUCUGUGACUCAGGAUUUUAUCUUGGGAAGAGCGCAAGGUGUACGAAGAACUCAGAAUAACGAGGGAAGAUAACUCUGGGAACUACAGUGUGUCAGAAGAACAUCUCUUGCUAAUACAGCUCCCCACCAAAGACCUGGUUAUCUAAGGUUUAUAUAGGAAUGCCUAGGUCAGCUGACAAAACACUGGUCUUCUGCUCCAUAAAUGCAGAAAAAACGAUAACAACAGUGGAAAACUGGAAGUCUGAAUUUCAACUUUCUUAGAAAUAACUGCAACCUGACACAUUCCAUAACAUUUAAACAGGGUGGGGGGAGAGGAAUCACCAAAGAUGUUACGAUGUUACGUUUAGAGAUGACAUUGACAUGAAGAAUAGGAGGCUGCGGAACCAUGAGAGAAGGGAGAUUCAGAGAGAGAUUCUCUCUAUCCUGGGUUUACCUCACAGACCCAGACCAUUUUCACCAGGAAAGCAGGCUUCUUCUGCACCCCUUUUCAUGCUGGACCUGUAUAAUGCCAUGACAAAUGAAGAGGAUUCUGAGGAGCUGGAGUACUCACUAAAGGGAUCAAUGGCAGGGGAGAGCAGAGGGAUACGAAAAGGAUACCCUGCCUCUCCAAAUGGAUAUUCGCGGAGAAUACAAUUAUCUCGCAUGACCCCCCUGACCACACAGAAUCCUCCCUUAGCCAGCCUGCACGACACCAACUUUCUGAAUGAUGCUGACAUGGUCAUGAGCUUUGUCAAUUUAGUUGAAAGGGACAAGGACUUCUCCCACCACCGAAGGCACUACAAGGAAUUCCGCUUCGACCUUACUCAGAUCCCUCACGGGGAGGCAGUGACAGCAGCCGAAUUCCGGAUAUACAAAGAUCGGAGCAACGGCCGCUUUGAGAAUGAAACCAUUCAGAUCAGCAUCUACCAGAUCAUCAAGGAGUAUCCCAACAGGGAUGCAGACUUGUUCCUGUUAGACACAAGAAAGGCUCAAGCUUCUGAUGUGGGCUGGUUUGUCUUCGACAUCACUGUGACCAGCAACCACUGGGUGAUCAAUCCGCAGAACAACCUGGGCCUGCAGCUCUGCGCUGAAACUGGCGACGGUCGAAGCAUCAAUGUUAAAUCGGCUGGCCUGGUUGGAAGACAUGGGCCUCAGUCAAAGCAGCCAUUCAUGGUUGCAUUCUUCAAGGCAAGUGAAGUGCUUUUCCGCUCUGUCCGAGCAGCCAAUAAUAAAAGGAAAAAUCAGAACCGCAACAAAUCCAGCGGUCAACAGGAGUCCUCCAGGAUGCCAAGCGUUGGGGAUUAUAACACAAGCGAGCAAAAGCAAGCAUGUAAGAAACAUGAGCUUUAUGUGAGUUUCCGAGACUUAGGAUGGCAGGACUGGAUUAUUGCACCGGAGGGUUAUGCUGCGUUUUACUGUGAUGGAGAGUGCUCUUUCCCCCUCAAUGCCCACAUGAACGCAACAAACCAUGCCAUUGUUCAGACUCUGGUUCACUUGAUGUUCCCCGAUCAUGUACCAAAACCAUGCUGUGCACCAACAAAACUGAACGCAAUCUCCGUACUCUACUUUGAUGACAGUUCCAAUGUUAUUUUAAAAAAAUACAGGAAUAUGGUGGUGCGUUCAUGUGGCUGCCACUAAAAUAAUAAAAAAAAAAUAAUCUAAAGCAGAGGGUUUUAUUCAAAAUUGUAAUAAAGUCAAGAUAUGAGCAUUGCUGAUGAAAAGGCAGGCCUAAAUUUAUUCCAUUUCAUGUCGUCUCUCAUUUAAUUGUACAGUAUAAUGUAUAUAGUAGCUUUUAUUUAUUUAAAAGUAUAUAGUUUCUUUUGUAUGAGCAAAAUUUCAGAACCGUUUAUUUAAUGGGUCACCUCACUAUGCAGUAGAAGUUCACAAAUUAAUUUUUUCAAUUGACCAUGUUGAAAUCUGCUUUAUCCCAUUUCUCUUCAAUAUGGUAAAGUAAGGCUCUUUUGUAGAGAAUUUUUUAAACUAGGAACUCCAGAACUUCUGUAACUGCUUUGUAUUGUUAGAAGAACUAAAAUGCAUUUGUUCAUAUUAUGCCAAUGAAAACUGUGGCAAGGUAUUUAUUUAGAAAAAGGCACAGGAGGACAAAAACUAAACAAAACUGCUCAGCUAAACAUAUUUUUUAUUUUAGAAGUUCUGCUCCAUUAGAAAAAGUGAAAUGUUGAACAGUGCUUAAGUAAAUUAAUAACAGAUACAAAAUAGAAGUGAAAAAAUUGCACAUAAUUGUUAUAACUAUUUUUUUAACAAGAUGAGUGUAAGUGGAGGAGUAUGUUAAUUUUUUGGCUUGUGAGCUGCAGAGUUUGCAAAAGGCUCCAGGCUUCAGAAAUUCCAUGUAGACAGACUCUUGCCUCUAUCUAUGACUUUCCAAGUUAACCCUAAAAAUUGAACUACAACAUUCUUACCUCAAAUGAAAUCAUGUAUGACACCGCUCUGGCAGGUAUUUUUAUAAUAUGGUAAAACAAGACAAAGUCAAACAAAAAAACCCACACAAGCCUUCCCAUUACAUACACAAGUUAUUACAUACAAAGUAUACAGAAUACAGGAUAUGGAAGGGCUUUGCUUGAUUUAGCUCCCACUUCUGGAUGUAUUUAUGAGUAUGCAAGGGAAGGCAAAGGGGAUGCAGCAGUUGUCACUUGUUUAAUCAAAAAAUCUCAUCCCUGGUGGUUGCUGUUUUCAGGAAAAGAUAUAAACACCUUUCCUAAGAAGAUAUUGGGUAGCUUGCAGCCUACUUGAGUCCCAUCUGUUUUUCUAUCAGGUGGGAAUUGGUUUAAAUAAUGAGAUUCAGUAUUGGAUACUUUACUUAGCAUUAUCUAUUGUAACUUUAAUAGUUCUUAAAUCCAUUUGAAUAACUUUAAUUCCACUAAAUUUCGGCCUCAAGUUAAAUCCUUUGGCUGUGAAUUACACAAGCAAUUACAAAUUAACCUUCCCAUCACCACUACACAGAGGUCUAUUUUGAGUUAAUUACACUUGAUGUCUUUGGGCACACUUUUGUUUUAGUGUUAUGAAAAUAGGAACAUAAAAAUGUUUUUCUUUCUAGUACAUGGCUAAUUAUAACAUAUGCUUUUAUUGUGAACUGCCUUCAUUAAAAAUGCUUCCUUUAAACCAUUCUCAAAGAGUUGCUAAAAAUGGAUAGAAUUUAUAAGUUUCUUCUUAGACAGUCUAUUCAUGUAAACUCUGACUUCUCUGGUUAUUUGAAACAUCCCAGAAAACUCAGAUGAUUACAGACUGAUAAAAUCAGCAUGUGUGUGACUAUAUGUAUGCAUGUGAAUAGGCAGCUGUCAUUUUUGCAGAAACUAAUUUAUUUUAUCUUGCUAUUGGAGUAAUACAUAAAUCCAUGCUAUGCAUACACUCAAUUAAAAAAAAAAAGAAAUUAGCAGUUCUGAUUUCAGCCUUGGGAACUCUUUUCCCUUAAUAGAAUAGUUCCAUUUUACACUCCCGUCUGUAUUUUAUAUUGAUAUUACCUACAUAUCCACAUUUAGUUGCAGUUCAUGCACAGGAAUGUACAGGAAAAAAGGUCUGCAUCUGAAUUAGCAUUUUAGAAAAGUUAAACUCUUCUGUUGUCUUCAAAAAAAUGACUGGGUUUUUGUAUAAAUUAGGUAGGUGGAUAUGCUUUUUUGAACUCAAUUUAUUCUAAAUGGAAUUUGAUGGAUACUAAAUUUUGGGUACAUUAAGUAAUAUAUUUUUAAAUAAUGGUGUACCAUUUUGAGACUAAAAAGCUGAAGAUUAUUGUUAUAUUAUUCUUUAAAAUAUGCUGUUGGAAUAUAUUUCUAUAUUUUGAGACAUAAUAAACCAGUAAUAAUGUUUUCCUCUGCUGUGGCUUUGCUUCUUAGACACAUGACAAAAUGACACUGACUUAAUGUAUCCUUUUAAAAGGAGAAGAAGGAGAUCAUCAAUGGUUACGAACAGAUUUUGUUAUAGUUCAUUUUUAGUAUAGACAUUUUGAGAAAUUACUUCUAUUUUGUUGCUUCUUAAACAGCAGAUUGUGAACCACCUACACUACAAAUAAAAAUCGUACCUUCAAAUCAUUACUUCCAAGUGCUAGUUCCCUACUCAAAAUACACUGGAAAAGAGAAAUGUUUUUUAAAAUUCCUAAUAAAUCCAUAACUGAUCAUUCCCCUGUUUGCAAUAAAAGAUAGUGGCAGCAAGCUUUCUGCAUGCUCUGGAGAAGUAAGUGUAGGCAUGUUUUCAUGUGAACUUGUUCAGAUAAGCUAUUCUUCAGUAAUACCAACUAAUGAAAGCCUUCCUGUUCUUUUCCUUCAUGCUAUCAAAUACUUAUUAUUUUAUAUAUGCAUAAUAUAUGCACACUUAUGUUUAAUGCAAUGUGUACAUAAUUAUAUGAAAAUUUACCCUUCUCUGAAGCUGUAUCCAUUUCUCUAGUUAUUAUAAGACUAUUCCAUUAUCAUUUAGGACACAGGAACUUUGCUCUUUUUCAAGUUGUUUAAGGUUUUGACAUCCUUAACAGCUGAACCUCAAGGGCUGAAAACCCCAAACCCCCAGAAUUAAUGUUACAAAGCUAGAGACACGUUGGAGAGUCGUUGAUGUGGAUGUCCUCAAACACAGUGAUGAUCAUACUUCGUUCCACGGUGCGUCUGUCUGAAAGGCCGCUCGGACCGACAUGUCCUUAACAACGCCACGACUCUUCCUCCUGCAGGAUGCUGCUUAGGUAAAUGUGCAUUUGUGUGGGUGAUUAGGUGGUGAAAACGAAGCCACACGAGGAGCUUGGAUAUCGUUUGGAAUAAGAAACCAGGCUUUGCUUGCUGCACGUGAGAGAGCAGCGGUUUGCUUUGCAUACUGGGAUGUAUAAAACUAUAAAGCUGUACUUAGUCGUCUUUGCAUUAUGUUAUGAGUCAAUUGUCAGACCAGUUGGGGCCCCAUUUUGGUAAAUGGUAGAUCCAUGAGUGGUGUGAGUUACACCUGUGCUGUAGACACCUUAACUGAGACUCUCUUAAGGACAACAUAAAAAAGUUGCUUUUUUGGUUUGCAAUUCACUAUUUCUCUCCAAAGACUACAGAGUAGGUUUAGUACAGUGACUUUGCUUAGACCUUGUUUAAGCAACUGUAGCCAGUGACA